UUUGAAGUUUUACUGCUGAAAAUACAUGGCUGUGAUAACUGGAGUAAAAGCAGUUGAGGAACAGUUGCGGGAAGCGUCUUGUAUCGGAAACUAUGAGACCGUGCAGUCACUCAUUUAUGGCGGAGUUGAUGUGAAUUCACAGCAUGACAUCAAUGGCUGGACAGCAUUGCAUUGGGCUGCCAGACGAGGUCAUGACACGAUAGUUACUUUCUUAGUGAAACAUGGAGCUGAUCCCACAAUUAAAACCAAGAAUGGCGAGUCAGUUCUUCAGAUUAGUAACAAAGAGACCAUACGGAAGCUUCUGGGAGCUACAGAUCACGAGGAACAAACAGAAGACCACGAAAGGAACCCUCUUCCAUUCCAGCCAAGCUAUUUGCAAAAUCCACCCUUUCCUUAUCUAACAGAAAUGAAUCCAGCAUUAUCUGAGGAGCAGAUUGCACCAUCACACCAGCCAGCAACAGCAGUGUCACCUGCAAUAGCAGCUAAAUAUGUCAUAACAAACGGCCUUCCUGUAGCUGAGAAAAACCCGGGCAGUAGAGACCAUUUACAACAUUGCUCAGUACCUGACAAAAUGGCUGGUCAGGUUCACGAGGAGAAGAUUUCAUCAAGCGCACCUCACUGCUGCCAUCACUGUUGCUGUAUGCAAAAGUCUAUCACACCAAGUAAUGUUACAGAAUUGGUGCUGAAGGUUCGGAUUGCAGACGCAGUGGAUCCGGACUUUAUUGAGAUGGAGUUGACCAAGCAGCAGCUGACCUUUUCUCUCCUUCUUAGUACAUGUUGUCAGGAACUAGGUAUCAAACCUGAUACAGUUAUGAAAGUACGAAAAUUGCCCAACACUCUUUUGCGCAAUGAUCAGGAUGUAAAACGGUUGCUGAACUUUCAAGAAAUUGAGUUGGUGCUAAAUACAUACGCUGCUAGUGCAAAAGCUUGUGUUAAAAAUUCAGGUAAAAAUUCAGGUAAAAAUGGAGUUCUGUAUUAUUGAGCAUUCACUUGUCCUAUUAUAGUUUAUAUCUCUGGGCCCGGUUUCACAAAGCGUAAUUAAGUCCUUAAUCAUGAUUAACUUCCUGUACUUAAAUUGAAGUGACUGUUUCACGAAGCGUA